AUGCCUGGCCUCUCGUCUGAGCAGACGGAUCCCAUUAGCUGGAGGAAACGCAAGAGAGACCAUCAGGACGGAGUGACGCUGACUUGUUCCACCUCCUUCGUGCCAUUCCCCUACCGAGUCGAUCUCCCCGACCAACCCAACGGCUGCCAACUGCCCCUGUCAAAACACCCCUACUCGUCAACUAGAGAAGUAGGUGACCUCUCAUCAUGUCGUCCUCGCUGUCUUCCUCGCAAACGCCGGCAUGUACAGCCGCUCUCGAUCCCACCAUACCAGCAGCCGUUCCAACAGGGGCAUCUCGAUGAUCUCUCUUAUCCAUCCCACUCACCAAAACUGCUCUUCCCCAAUGUCUACAGCACACCUACAGACCUAUGCUCUCCACCAGUCUCCCCAAAGACCAUUGUCCCACUAUCCUACCAAUCUGCAUCAGCCUCGUCCCUGCGCCCGUGCCACAUCUGUUACCGCAAACCAACGACCCGUGGGGUCCUGGAUGCGUAUGCGGACUGCGAUCUGUGCAGACAGCGAGCCUGCUAUAUCUGUGUCCGGCAAUGCGACUCGCCCGUCUGUACCGGUCAGGAAACUCACGAUCCUAGUUUUGAUGAAGGAGGUUCCACGAUUCAGCGGAAGAUCUGCUCCAGCUGCGCCGUUGAAGGCCUGACUGAGGCUGGUGUGGAAACCGUGCGCUGUCUCGAGUGUGUUAGGCAGGCUCCAUGGUCCCAGAACCUGAAUUGGGUGCAGCAUGCCAGCAUGAAUGAAUAG